AUGGAAAAAGUUAAGAAUGACGGCGUAGCCUGGACAAAGGAACCAGCUAUUGACACUCUGCUGGUGUUUGGGAACAAAUACUUGACAACAAGACCGUCGGAGCUGGAGACAGUGGAACCACAUUGUUCCAGUGUCAUGUGGGAGAGAGAGAAACUUUUCCCUAUUAAUCCUAAUUCACAAACUCAACAAAACCUUUUUUUUUUUUUUUUUAUUAACAGGCUUGAUAUUUGCAAACUCCCUGCCUUGACAGUAAUCAUCAUGGACAGUGUGUUCCUAACAGAGGACAAGGCCAAUUCUGUGUUUAAAAGAUACCCAAGAGCCAACAGAUUUUUGGAAGAAUUAAAGCAAGGUGAUAUAGAGCAUGAAUGCCGAGAAGAAAUCUGUACCUAUGAAGAAGCAAGAGAAGCUUUUGAAAAUGAGGAAAAGACGAAGGAGUUCUGGAAAGUCUACAAAAACGGACUUCAGGGAGAAAGUAACACAGGACAUAGCUGGUAUUCAUUUUACCUUGCAUUUCCAUUAAUCAUUGGCCUUUUUGUUAUCCUCAUUGUCAUCUUUGUCAUAUGGAGGUGCCUGUUUAAAAAGAAAACGCGUAGACAGUCGGUGUACGUGCGUCGGGGAGGCCACGAGGCGCCGGGCGACGGCGCCGCGGCGGACAGCAGAGGGGCCCUCCCGCCGCCUCUCAGCCUUGUUCAUUCCCCACAGGAGGAAAUGUUUGAAGUCAGUGGCCUUUCUCCUGGAGGCCUGAGCUAUGCGGAUGGGCGGUCGGACUCGAUAUCCACCCGGCUCUCGAACUGUGACCCUCCUCCUUCGUAUGAGGAAGCCACUGGCGCAGUCAGUGCGAGGAGCCAGGCGGAGCAGCACCUGGAUCCCCCCCCGCAAUACGACGACAUUGUGAAUUCCGCCUCAGCCGGGGCGAUUGAACUGACUCCUGUUAACACCAGCAUGAAAUAAAGCAAGAACAGCGCUGGGGACGUUUUUUUUAAAACUACUAAUCAUUUUGUAGCACUUUAUCUUGGCUUAUUACACGUUUCUGUAAUUUAACGGACUUGUAUAAUGAACUUUUGGGGUUGGGUUCGUUUAUGGGUUUGGUUGAUUUUUAUUUUCCAAUUAUUAUCAUUUUCUUCUUUCCUACAGUGGGUCUUGAAGUUCAGGGAUCUGUAUUGAGAGCACGGUGCAGGUACAAACGUGGUGCUCAGUCAUACUUCUCAAAAGUACCUCCACUUUGAGGGAUGUCACUUAUUUUAUUCUGAUUGUUCUGUACAUUCCCUACAGAUCUUGUUACAGACUGUCAGGAUCAUGUGAAGCAGGGAAUUCUUAAGCAAGUUUUUACCCCAAAGGACUAAUUUUGCAGUAGGCUCUUCCCUGCUUGGUUUCUUUUUCUCACUUGGGUCUUUGUAGCUCACUCCACCAUAUCCUAGGUCUGAAGGCUGAGAGCAUUUUGCCUUUGAGUACAAACGAGGAUGUCAGCGGUGUGUGCUGGUUCAAGAGCAAUAACUUCAGAGUCCUAAUUACACAGAGGGGAAGUGUGCUAAAGCUUUGGCCACUGCAACUCAAAAUUCUG